GCGGAACUAGUGUCGAUCUCAGCAGGGCCGACUGACACACACAGAGCAGAUUUACUCUUUUAUUCAUCAAAUAACACAAAAAAAACUAAAAACAGUUUGUCGGCGUCGGUGUGGAUGUUACUAUAAGUCUCUGUAGGUGCUCUCUCUGUCUCUGAGUCGGUUGCCAUGGCGUCUCCAGGGGGACAAGGAGGAGGAGCUCUGUCGACGAGAGGAGGCAGCGCGGCCCGAAGGAUGAAGUGGGCUCUGGAGCUGAGUUUAGGAAACACCAGGAGUCGGGACCGGCAGGGCGGCCAGGGAGACGUUGUUUACCCCAUCGGAUACUCUGAGAAACCCGUCCCCGACACCAGCAUCCAGGAGACGGACAAGAACCUGGUGGAGAAGCGCUGUUGGGAUGUUGCUCUCGGACCGCUGAAACAAAUCCCCAUGAACCUGUUCAUCAUGUACAUGUCGGGUAACACCAUCUCCAUCUUCCCCAUCAUGAUGGUCUGCAUGAUGGCCUGGAGACCCAUACAGGCGCUCAUGUCCAUGUCUGCCACGUUCAAGCUGUUGGAGAGCUCCAGUCAGCAGUGGCUCCAGGGUCUGGUCUACCUGGUGGGGAACCUGCUGGGCUCGGCGUUGGCCAUCUAUAAGUGUCAGUCGAUGGGGCUGCUGCCGACGCACUCGUCCGAUUGGCUCGCUUUCAUCGGGCCGCCGCAGAGGAUGGAGAUCAUGGGCGGAGGGAUGGUGUUGUGAAGCGGACGGAGGAGCGUGCACAUACAGGAUUAAAAUAUUUUACACAGGAGUUGUAUACAUUUUCCAACUUGAGCCCCAAAAACACACACAUACACACACACACACACACACACACACACACACACACACACACACACACACACAGAUAACGUUACAUCUCUUCAUCAGCCUGCUGCUCUGCUUCAUUUCCUGUCUUCAUCUUCAGUUUCUCAUUUUCACUAAUUUUUCUUCAACUACUGUAUUUUUCCUUUUUUUUUUUUACUUUCACACAAUUUAAAAUUAGCUUAACGUGUAAUCGACUCACUAAAACAAAAAAGGUUUAUAAAGUUAUUUUACAAAACGCUUUAUAUCCAUUUACAAUUAAAACUUUUAUCUUUUAUGACGUGUUUUUUCUUUUUUCAAGCCAGAAAGCAACAAACAGUUAAAUAGAGUAGAGAGUAGCUUUUAUCCUUUUUUGUUAUCAUUAUUAUUAUUAUUAUUAAGUUUCUGUUCAUUUCUUCUCAGUUUAGUGUCAUCUUCCUCACCACCAUCAUCAUCAUCAUCAUCAUCAUCAUCAUGCUAGCCUGCAACAUUGACUAACCCUGUUUAAUUUAUAGGUCUGUUUUUUAAUUUAUACUGAUUUGCUCUGAAAAUGUUCUAUGAAAAAAUAAAAUAAAUCCUUAUGGGGUUGAAUUUAAAUAUUUUCAACUGUGUCAAUAAAAUGGAUGAAA